AUGGAGGAGCCCGAGCCCGCGGGGGACGCCGCGCCGCCGCCCGGGCUGCGCUCGCUCCUGCCCCCCCGGGAGUUCCUCUGCUCCCGCAAGGGCCAGCUGCUCCUCGCGGAGUCGGUGCUGUCAUUUAUCAUCUUUAUCUGCUAUAUUGCAUCUCUAGCUGCCUCUUUCAUGACGGCACCACUCCUAGAGUUUCUGCUGGCACUGUUUCUUUUUUUUGCCUACGCCUCCAAACUUAAUGAGAAGUUUAAAGGACUCUACUGGCCUUUGACGGAUUUCUUGCGGUGCGUCACUGCUGCCAUUAUUUACUUUGCCAUUUCAAUUGCUGCUGUCUCAAAAUAUAAUGACGGAGCAUCUAAAGCAGCAGGAGUGUUUGGAUUUAUAGCCACGAUAGUGUACGCCAUUGAUUUCUACAUAACCUUCAAUGACCUAGUUACUUUUCUCAAGCAAGGCAGUUCUGAUUCCCCUGAAGGGCACAAGUCAGAAGAUGAGGACUCUGAUUCCGACUCGGACUGAAGAACCAAACACCAACCAAGUGUGAAGGGAAGAUGAUCAAGCACUUUCCUCUUUGCUGAAUGCACUGCCAAUGGAAGUAUCUCCCAUAUUUCAGCCUCAGUAUCCUCUUUCCACCUCACUGUUUAUGGAAUCACCAAAGCACAGGCAGGGCAGUGAUGUGGAAAAGGAGACUAUUCCCAAUGCCAUUAGACACUCCUUCAGAACUACAGAUUUUACAGUAGUUCAACCUGCCACAGACAUCUUUAUCCAAACAACACACCUCAAUUCUCCGUUGCCCUUCCUUACUCAGCACUACAAUGUACUGACUAAACAGAAACAUAGUAUUUUAAACAUGUAAGUGGAGCUUUUACUAUGCUUUCUUAAUUCCGAAUCUUUAACGCUUAUAGCUUUUACACUUCUUGCUGUGCCAAAGAAGAGAGGCUCAGAAUGCCUCUACUUUAUUUGUAUUUUUCUUGAUGAACUAACAGUAUUUCUUUAUCUGAAGUCUGAAUAGUCUACUAUUUCAAGCACUGAAGGCAUAGAUUAUAGUUAACAUGUUGGUUUCAAUACAUUUAUAUCUACUGCCUAUCUGCGACAAGAAAAAGUGACAACUGGAAACCUGCAGCAAGAACAAACCUCAAAGUAUAAUUGUGCCACAGGGUAGCUGGCUCAUCAAACAUUCAAUAUCACUUUUUUAAGCUGCUUGGAUGGGGUCACAUCCCAUCUUCUGCAAUUUCACCACAGAUAGGAGGUAGAACAGAUGAGGCAUCGUCUUACCGGCCCCUUCCUACCAUUUUCAUGGAAGCCCUUGUACAUGUUUGCACAUACAGGUAAGGAAGGCUUGCCAAAUACCAUCCAACAUUAUCUGCCUAUCGAAGCCUGCAAAUAUUUGUGUGCAAGAUCUCGCUGUCUGAACUCAUGCUCUGUGUUGCAAACACUGGUCCUCCCAUGAGAAGUAGCACAGGACUUAGUCCGCUGGGUUCGCAAAACAGACAACUGUUUCUGUACAACUCAGGAUACCUGGGCCCCAGGAGGGCAAUACAUCCUUCCCACUGUGAAAAGGAAAAAAAAAACAACCUCCAAACUAAAGAAUGUCUGCAAUGAAAUUCACUUUCCCAGACCACUUUUUGUGGGGGGUGUGUGUUUUUUGAUUUGGUUUUUUUUUCCCCUCCCCCUGGAAGGAUGCGAUUUAUCUCAUGGCCUAGUAUUUUGUGGGAAAAGCCUUCUGAAUUUACAAGAAGGUGUUUUCACAUGUAGCACAACCUUCCCUGAAAUACUUGUGUCCACCUAUAAAAGCAUACUGCUUGAAAAAACCAUGGCAUGCUCCUUAUAUAUGGCAUCAAAUAGGUCUAUUUAAAGAAACCUGUAUACUUUUUAAAAAAAUUAAUAUAGUACCAGAACAGGUGGCCUCAACAAAAAGUAAUUAAAGUGAGAGCAGAUGGUACUAACAGAGUAAAUUAAAAACAGGGAUAAAACAAUAAAGGCAGAUUUCCUUUGGAACAAAAUUACCGCUUGGGUUCCAAUUCCCUGCUAGCAGCUGGCUGCUGACGGGCAGAAACACGGUACCUAACAGUGAGCAGGUGCUUGGGAAGGUGCUGGCCAGAUUCGGAGCUGUCUAACAGGCAGCUCCUACAUCUCCUGUUUCCAGACCACUGAAUAAAAGCAAAACAAAUGGUUGCUUCCAAAUGUGACAAAUAAUCUUUGCUUUUAUGAGAGCGCGCUCUUUGGACCUUUUCCAGUAUGAAAUUCCAUGUUUCUUUCUUUUCUAUUGUCAUAUUUUACUGGCACACACUGUGACGUUAGGGGACCUGGGCUCAUUUUUAUAUUCAAUUGUUUUGUAUUUCUUUUUUUUUUUUAAUUAAAAAUGUAUUGCAUGUCACAGCUGGAAACUAGUACAUGGUUAGUAUUUAGAAACCAUGCUGGAUUAAACCUCUUUUAAUAGAA